ACAACCAAACUCUUUUGUUUUGACGUCUAUUGACGGAAAGAUUUCGAUGCAAUAUUUGAAAGAUUCCUGACAGCAAAUGCCAAAAUACUUUGUAAAUAAAAAUUUUACAAUCACAAAUAUUGCAAGUGUAUAUUUUAGAAGUUAUUAAAAUAAAUAAAAUCAUGUGAAGUCACUUUGUAAAUAAAAUAAUAGAUAUGACGGACUGGCUAACAAGGAAGGCUGAAGCAGAAAGGGAAUGGUUCAAACAAGAACAUGAAAGACAAUUUGGAAAACCGCCUACGAGUGAUCAAGAUGUCGCGCUAAGUAAAGUUGUGGCGAAGUUGGAAAAGUUAUCAAGGAAGAAAGUAUGUGAACGGAAACAUUUUGUCCCUAAGGUGGAGCUACCGCCACCGCUAGCGUAUGUAGCAUGGGACGCUCCACUAGCCCUCCAUUGCGUUUGUCCCACGGGCGACUGUUCUUGUUCAUGCAAAGGCAAUACUUUAUUGCCUAGGAAAAGACUUCCAAUUAUACCUCGCUAUAACUGGUGGGGUGUGAGGCCCAUUCUAUGUAAGUUGCACAUUGUGAAACGUCCGAAACCAGCGGGUGAUUUAGUGAGGAACUUUGCUGAAGCUGCGAAGAAAGAAUCCGAAUUUUACAAGAGUAAGCAAGGACGUGAGAUUUUGACAGAACGUGGUCCUGAAUUUUGUCUAUCAGGAUGUCUCAAGUUUUACAUUACGAACAAGAAGAUACAAAAGGAUUUCGUGAAGGUGAUAGCGGAAAUGAAAAAAAAAAUGGUGACUGUCGACGCACCGGCGGAGGUGCAAGAAGUACAGGACACGAAGAAAGAACAGAUGGAUGGAUGGAAAGAUCGGAUAUGCGAUCAGUUUCGCUGUACUGUAUCAACUCAGUCGCAAGUUGACGGUGAUGGUGAAUUCAUUAUCGGAGAUUAUUCACAUCUACUAUUUGGCAUGCCUGAGGAAGAGUUCCUCUGUGAUAUAGAAGGAGCGGAAUUGAAUGUAGCAUCGUAUAAAGGACCAGUCUGCGCGCCGCGGGGAUCCGUUUUUUUGGGCGUGGUUAAAACAGCUGACAAAUUAUUCCAUGUAACUGAUAUAAAACAAAGGAUAUCGCAAGUAAAAAAGGACUUGAUCACAUCCAUUUUUGAAAUACAAGAGAGACAUCUAUCUAAAGCUAGUCAGUAUGAAUGUAAAGAUCUACCAAUCGAAGUGCCUGAAGGUGUUUGCGAAUCUUUAGCAGAUGUGAGAAGAAAGCGGAGAGAAAAGGAAUGUCUUGAAAAAAAUAAAAUACCCGUAGAGGAAAAGGUUCAAACGCAAGAUGCUACGUGUUAUUGCAAAUUUAGGUAUAAGCAGGUACCUAAAGAUAUAGUAAAAUUAAAGAAAGAAAUAGAACUACCCCAGGCUGCUUCGCCUGUUAAAACUGCGUCGGUUACGGCGCCUGCGCCAAUGCCACUUCCUUCUAAAAGCAAUCUAAAACCCCCAGAAGAAACGCCAUGCCCACCGUGCGUGAUCAAAGUGCGUUCAAAAAUUAAAGAAAAUAAGUCCUUAUCGGAUGCAGGCAAAAGGGUUAAAAUUGAUUUAUCACAAACAGGAAAAGGUAGUAAAGAAAAAGUAGAAGUAGGGAAACAAACUUCAUUUAUUGGUUCACUCAAAGUCUCUUACGGUGAAAGCACUAACUUUGAAAAUAAUAAUAUAAACACUGGCACGCCAGGAGGGGGCAAAAAGUUAGGAGUUCGUUUUAGUAAAGAAGUCGCUACAGAUAUUGUGCCAGAAUUCUAUGGGCAUUUUGAUGCUGAAUUUGACAUUGUCAGCCAGGAAAGUAGCAUAAGUCAGAUGGACAAUAUUGUUGAACCGUUCAAAGAUCAAGAUAAUCAGACUUCAGUAGAAUUAAUUAAUAAAGUUAUGAAGGAUGCUUCAGUGCUUAGUGAACCAGAGAAAAAACUUGUGCAUAAAACUAUAUCAACAGUUAGAAGUGUGGAACUAGUUAUUUUGCGACCUAAUGCGGAGUGUGCUAAAGGCAACAUUUCAACUUGCACUAGUAAUACGCGAGUUUCGAGUUGUACGCCUUGUAAGCAAGAGGAAUCAACAAAACCGUUUACAGGAAAUGAAAAUACGGUCAGUCCUGAUAAAUUUAAAACUCAACUGCAGGAUGCUCUAAAAGCUUCAAAUGAACUUAAUUUAAAAGAUGAUUUGAAAAUAUCUGAUAACAAAAAGGAAGAUAAUUUUUCAAAAUUAACUAAUACAACGCAAAAUAUGAAAGAUAAAUCGGAAAUCGAAACAGAAAGUAUCGGAAAGGUACUUAAAGAAAUGAAAAAAACAUAUAAAGAUGGGACGUGUCAACCAUGUGACAAACUUUUAAAAAUAGCAAAGUAUAUAAAUAAGGCUUUAUCAGAACCAUCAGAAGAUGCGGAAUCUAAAGAAUUACAAGCAAAUGGAGAUAUUAAAGAGAAAAUCAAAAGCACAGGAAAAACUAGUCCAACCAAUUUAAUGGAAGGCCCUUCGGCACCCAAUGAUAAAGUAAAAGAUAUAGACGAACAAGUAAAACCAUCAGCUGCUGAGUCAAUAGAAGUUAUUGACGGAAAAGAUAAUAUUGUUAAAAAAGAAUUAUCAAAGACUGAAAAAUUAAAGGUUUCAAGUACAGAUCAUAAAGUUGAUACUUUAACUGAGAAAAUCAGCAGCAGCAGUAAAGAUAGUCUUUUACAAUCAACCACGUUAGAAAAAGACGUAUCUAAAGUUGAUGAGUUGAGGGAAAUUUCGAGUAAAACAUCUGAUAUUGAUUCCCAACCUCAGAAAUUAAGCAGUAAAGGUAGGGUUUCAGAAUUAGAAGAGAUGGAAAAAGAAGCAUCUAAGAUUGGUGAAUUCAAAAAGGAAUUCAGUACAGAUUCUAAAAUUGAUGGCCAAAUUCGAAAACCAAGUUUUGAGGGUAAGGUUUCAGGUAUGUCAGAGGUAGAAAAACAUAUAUCCAAGACUGAUGAAUUGAAAGAGGGGUCUAGUAUAGAAUCUAAAAUUUAUUCUAAAACUGACAAAUUGAGUAGUGAAGACAGACUUUCGGUAUUAGCACAAGACAAACAAAGAGUGUCGCAAACUGAUAAAUUAGAACACGAGUCUAUAACAGGAUCUGAAGUUGAUGAUAUACAUAAAGUGAGAAGUAAAGAUGAUUUAAAAGAUGUCAAAAAAGUAGUUUCCGGAACUGAUGAAGUGAAAGAGGCAUCUAAUAUAGAAUCUUAUAUAGAUUCUCAAGUUCAAAGACCAGGGAGCAUGGGCAGGCUUUCAGUAGAAGGAAAAAAAGAUGCAUCCGGAGUUGAAGAUUUAAAAGAUAUACAGACAAAAGGAUCGAUGAUUAAUACCCAAACAUAUAAAACAAGUAGUCGAAAUGAACUACCAGAAUUAUUAGAAGUUGAAAAAGAAGUAUCAAAAACAGACGGGCCGAAGCAGACAUCUAGUAUAGAACCUAAAACGGAUUCCCAUGAUUUGCAAUUGGGCAGUAAGGGCAGAAUUUCUAAAACUGUAGAAGUAGAAGAAGAUGUAUCUAAGGCUGACGAAUUAGAAAAUAUUUCGGGUGCGGGUUCUAAAAUCGAUACCCAUGUUCAUAAACCGAGCAGAACAGAGGGUCCUUCGGAAUUAUCAGAUGGCAAGAAAGCAUCCAAGACCAAAGAACUAGAAAUAACAUCUAGUAUAGAAUCUAAAACAGAUUUCCAGGAUUCACAAUUGGGCAGUAAGGGCGAUAUUUCAAAAACAGGACUAGUAAAAGAAGAUGUUUCUAGAUCUAAAGAAUUGUUAGGUAUUUCUAGUGUGGGGUCUAAAGCUGAUACCCAAAUUCAUAAACCAAGCAGUACACAGGAUCUUAUGGAAUUACCAGAUAGAAAAAAAGGAGUGUCUAAGACUGAAAAUCUUAAAGAGACCUCCAGUAUAGAGUUAAAAACCGAAUUCCAAGAUCAAGAUUUAGAAAAUACAGAUAAAUUUACGGAAGCAACAAAAAUAAAAGAAGCAUCUAAAGCUGAUGAAAUAAAAGAUACAUCUAAUAUAGGAUCUAAAAUUGAUACCCAAACUCGUAGCCUGAACAGUAAAGGUGUAUUUCCAGAAUCAAUAGACAUAAAAAAAGAAGUAUCUAAGAUUGAGCAUUUAAAGGAAGACUCUAGUACAGAAUCUAAAAUGGAUUCCCAAACUCGGAAACCGGGUAGUAAGGACAGACUUUCGGAAACACCAAGAGUAAAACUAGAGGUAUCUGAAGCAAAUGAAUUAAAAGAUGUUACGAGUAUGGAAUCACAACUAGACGCCAAAACUCACAAAACGAUCAGUAAAGAGGGUCAACCAGAUUCCAUGGAUCUGAAAAAAGCACUUACUAAAAAUGAGGAAUUAAAAGAUGUUUCUAGUCAAGGAUCAAAAAUGCGUGCCCAAGCUCAGAAAUCUAGCAUGACUGAAAGACUAUCAGGAUUAACAAAGGUCAUAAAAGAAGUAUCUAAUACCGAUGAAUUUAAAGAUGUUUCUAGUACGUUAUGUAAAAUUAACUCCAAGACUAAGAGACCGAGCUGUAUGGGUAGGUUUUCAGAACUUUCAGAAUUAGAAAAAGUUUCAAAGCCUGAUGAAUUAAAACAUAGUCUGAGUCAUACUGAUACCAAAACCCUAAAACCAAAGAGUAAGGGUUGGUUUUCAAAAUUAAAAGAGAAAAUAAAAGAAAAAUCUAAGGCGUAUGAAUUAAAGGACUCAUCAGGCAUCAUGUGUCAUAGUGACUCCCAAGCGCAAAAACCAACCAGUAAAGACGGUCUUUCAAAGUUAAAGAAAGAAGUUUCCAAAACUGAUGAAUUGCAUGUGGUUUCGAGUAUAAUGUGUCAUAGUGACUCUGAAGUUCGAAGACCAAGCAGUAAGACUAGACUAUCAGAAUUAACAGACAAAAAGAAGGAAAUAUCUGAGACUGAUAAAGUGAAAAAGAUCUCAAGUACAGAAUCUAAACUUGAUACUGAAACAGAGAAACCAGGCAGUAAGAGCAGAAUUUCAAAACUUGUAGAUAGAAAAGUAGAAAAAGAAAAAUCCGGAACUGAUUACUUAAAGGGUAUCUCAAGUAUAGAAUCUAAAGUGGAUGCUCAGAUUAAUGAACAGGCCAGUAAGAGUGGAAUGUCAGAAAUUGCCGAUGGAAGGAGGAAAAAAUCUGAGGCUGACGAAUUACAAAAGAUCUCAAGCAUAGACUCGAAAGCUGAUACUCAAAUUAAAAAACCAGGUGAUAAGGGCGGAAUUUUAGAAUUUGCAAAUAAAAAACAGGAAAAAUUUGAAACUAAUGAAUUACAAGAGAUUUCGAGUAUAGAAUCUACAGUCGACACUCAAAUUCAUAAAACAAGCACCAAGAGCGGAACUUCUGACUUUGCAAAUAGAAAAAAGGUAGAAUCUGAGACUGAUGAAUUACAAGAGACUUCUAGUAUAGAAUCGAAAGUUGACACCCACAUUCAGAAACCAGGCAGUAAGAGCCGAGUUUCAGAAUUUGUAGACAGAAAAAAAGAAAAGUCUAAGGCUGAUGAAUUUCAAGAGACCGCGAGUAUAGAAUCGAAAGUUGAUACUGAAAUUCAUAAACCAGCUAGUAAGAGCAGAACUUCAGAAGUUGCAGAUAGAAAAAAGGAAAAGUUCGAGGCUAAUGAAUUACAAGAGGUCUCAAGUAUAAAAUCGAAAGUUGAUAAUGAAAUUCAUAAACCAGUUAGUAAGAGCAGUAUUGGCACCAAAACUCAAGAACUCAGCAGUAAGGGCAAAAUUAAAGAAUCAAUAUUUAGAAAAAAAAUUAAAUCGGACACUGACAAUUCAAAAGAAACCUUGAGUAUAGAAUCUGAAGUUGAAACUCAAAGUCGGAAAGCAGUCACUAAGGAUAGUCUGUCAAAUUUAACAAAAGUAAAAAAAGAUGUAUCUCAAACUGAUGAGGCAAUAAAGAAAUCUGCUACAGAAUCCGAUAUUGAAACAAAAACUUGGAAACCGAGUAGUAAGGAUUGGGUUAAAGGUUUAACGGAGGCAGAUAAAGAAGUUUCCGACACUGAGAAACUAAAGGAGGUUUUCAGUAUUGAAUCUCAAGAAGAUUCCGAAGCUCGAAAACUGAGUAGUGAAGUUGGCAUUCCCGAAUUGAAAGAUGUGAAAAAAGAACUAUCUAAGACAGAAAGGUUGAAGGGCAUUGUAGAUCCUAAUGUUGAAACUCACCCUCCGAAACAGAUCAUUAAAAAUGGUUCCCAGGGAUCAACAGAAGUAGCAGUAAAUGAGUCAAAGUCUGAGGUAUUGAAAGAAGACUCGAGUAUAGAAUCUAAAUUUGACAUUAAAACUAAGAAACUGACAACAAAGGGAGAAUCUCCAGAAUUAACAAAAGUGGAAAAAGAAGUUUCUGAAGCUGAUGAAUUAAAAGAGCUCUAUAGUAAAGAUUCUAAAAUUGAUGUGUCAAAGACUAAGAUGAAUAUUGAAACCCAAUCACAGAAACUAAGCAAUAGAGACGGUCUUCCAGAAUUAACAAAUGUAAAAAAAGAAAUUUCUGAAAGUGAUGAAUUAAGAGAGCUCUAUAGUACAGAUUCUAAAAUUGAUGCUAAAAUAGAGAAGCCUAGUAGUAAGCAAAUUCUCCCUCAAAUAAAGAAGGUAAAAAAAGAAGGAUCUAAAACUGACCAAUUAAGAACGAGCUCGAGUGCAGAAUCCGGUGUUAGUACCCAAACACAGAAGUCGAGUAAUAAAGAAGGUCCUUCAAAAUUAACGGAUCUAAAAAAAGAACCAUCUAAAACUAACGAAUUAAAAGAGGUCUUGAGUGCAGGAUCCGAUAUUGGUACCCAAAUCAAGAAACCAAGUAGUGAACUAAAAGCAUCUAAAUUGACAGGCGUAAAACAAGAACACACUAAAUUGGAUGAGUUGAAAAAGAUUUCUAGUACGGAAUCAAAAACUGAUACUCGAAAGCCAAGCACUAAGGAGACUUCACAAGAAAAACAAAAGCAGGACGCAGCAGAUGUGACUAAAGGACCAGGUAUAAUCACUGAUGGACCUGGUAUAAGUAAAGAUACAACUGGCAAUGCUCAACCUAAAAACGAUGAUACUAAAAAUGCGCCAAAAGACACCAAACAAGAGAUACCAGCAGCUGGGCCUUGUCCUGUUAAAAAAUUGACUAACCUAAAAAAUACUAUCAAACGUUACUUAGUACCAGAAGAUAUACCUAAAGUCUGCAAAGACGCCGCUUGUCAACCGUGUCAUAAACUAAAAGGAUUAGAAAAGGUUGUACAUAAGGCUUUUUCGGAUUUAGAGCAUUCUGAAAUAAAAGCGGUAAAAAAUAAUACUGAGAAAGAAUCGGAUGCUAAGAAGAAAGCGGACGUCGUGAUAUCACAACUAUCGAUAGAGGGCUAUAGUGGAAGGGUCAACGCAUUAAAUCAAACGCUAUCAACAGAAUUUGCUGAAGCGCUUCUAUGUGCUCCUAAGCUUGACGAAACUAAUAAAAUUUUAGAAUCCUACAUAAACUCAGACCAUAAACUAAGUGAAAGUAGUAGAGUCGAAAACUCUGGUCUCCAGAAACAUAAUGUAAGUAAUACGAUACAAACUAACAAAAUUGUUAACCCUCGAGAUUUUUAUCUAACUCCCCUUGAAAAACUAAUGCAAUUAAAAGAAUUCAUUAAAAACUACGUAAUGCCAACUGGUGCUAAAAGGUGUGUAGAUUCCUCGUUUGAGUCGCAUAAGAAACCCGGACAAAUAAAAAAAGAUGUCGAAUCCGUAAUAUCACCAUUCUUAAUUGAAAAUAAGGGAAAAGUUAAAGCGGUAAAGAAUCCUCCACACAUCAACUUAAAAGACAUUGCACAAAAUGGUCCUACGCCAGUCAGAAAUAAUAUAACAAAGAAUAUAUCUAACAAUAAUACUAUGUCGGGUAAAUCAGUACCCAUUCUGAAACUUGGACCAUCACAUAAAAAUAUUAAACAUUCCGAAAAGCUGAAGCAGACAGUCUCCUUUAAAGAUAACCCUGAAUAUAAUUGCGACGAAUGCAAAUAUUGUAAAUCUUGCGACGAUUACUGCUGUAAGUCACAGAAACACAGUUUAAAUAAAAGUGAAUCUUUCAACAAAAAUUUGGGAGCUUAUAAUGUUACGUCUCACGAGAAACUCAAUACAGCGUCACUAUCGAAACGCGGUAGGAAAAAAUCUAUUCGCAAUAUAUACAACAAAAUGUCACAUUUUAACUGGAAAUCAUUAUUUUCGUACACAUUAGGAAAGAAAAAUUUUGAAUUAGACCAAGUAUCGAGCGAAUAUAUUGGUGCUAAGAAAUCUGAUGCAAAUGAGAAUGUGUUUCAAAAUGUUUGUUUAAAAUUGAGUGAAGAAGAGAUUUGUAGCCGCGAUUUAGACUUUAAAAAGAAUGUUGGUACUGAUUUGAAAUCUUCUAGUAUAAAUAAAGAUUGUGACAUGAUUGUUCGAGAAGUUGUGUAUGACAACAAACAGUAUUAUGGUAAUGUCGAAGACUCUGUAAGUUCAACGCAAAAUUUGAAUAAAUCUUACAGAUUUUAUUUUUAAAUUUAUGGAAGUUAUAUUAUCCACUAUAAUAAUACGAUAACUUCAUGUUUUAUUUUUAAAAAUUAUCAGUGAACUUGGAAAAUAAAGAAAUGGCGUCUUUAUGCAUUUGCAGAUCAAGUGUUACUGUAUAUUUUUGUUUAUAUAUUGUUUUUUUUUUGGGUUUGAUAAUAAAAAAAUAUUUUUUCUUUUUA